AUGCGGCUCCUAAAGCAAGCAUUCAAAGUCAAAAUCCGACGAUACGGCCGCGUCGUCGGAAGGGGCAAUCCGAAACAGACAUGGAGAAUACUUGCUGGUAUGGGGGCCACUGGAGUUCUGGGAUUUCUGAUGCUGAAUGUGAUCCUAUAUUUGAAAGUCGACAGUAUGGAUUUGACAGAGGGUCGCUUCCGCAUUGGAGUUCUAUCAACGCCAACCGCUAUCAAGUUCAGUUUCGUUCCGGCUACAGAGGCAUUCAAUCUACCAUACGGAGAUCUACCGGAAUUCAAACAAGAUGGUGACGAAUUUGACUUUGGUGGGCUAUACCUCGAUUUCUUCGAGGAAGACGAUGUCAAACGACAAAUAUUUCACAACUUUACGGAGGAGGACACCGAAUACCGAUUACCAGAUGAAUCAUUGGACGACGAUCUUGAUGGGUACUACUAUUUCGACGACGAUAAGCUUCGUAGCGAUUAUAUUGAUUCCAAACAGACCUGCAGGCGGAUACCCGAGCAUCGAGUGAACUUUCAAAAUUGUAACACAUAUCACGAGCAAGAGUUGAUUGAAAGUGGCAUCACAUUUUUGGGUGCGGGAUCAUAUCGCCAAGUAUUUGCGAUUGGGCAUUCAUUCAUGGAAGGUAUUGAAAUGAUGGCAGUAAAGGACAUUCACAUCUCAAUGGACGUAGCAGUGGAUAACUUUGAGUUCGUUCGGAUGGACGCGAUGGUCGCCGAAAGGCUUUCUUCGAGUCCUCGAACGUUCGAUAUAUUUGGCUUUUGUGGAUUAGGAAUCAUGUCCGAGUUCUUUUACCAUGGGGAUAUAGAAGACUUGGUAAUUACCGGAGACGGGCACGCCGAACAAGAUUAUGACAGGGAAGAGUUGCAGCCACAGAACGAUCUUACGGGGAAAGAGAAACUAGUCUUGGCACUAGAAAUGGCCGAAGGCAUUGCCGUUUUGCAUGGAUAUGGUGGGGGACCAAUAGUUCACGAUGACAUUCAAUUGCCGCAAUAUCUUUUAAACAAGGAAAGAUCUAUGCUAAAGAUCAAUGAUUUUAACCGCGCAGAGUUCAUGCUCUUUGACGAAACGACCCAGAAAUACUGCCGAUACCAAAAUGGAAAGGGCAAUGGCAAUUGGCGAUCGCCCGAAGAAUAUAAAGAUGGCCGAUUGAACGAGAAGAUCGAUAUUUGGAGCCUUGGCAACAACAUGUAUGCUUUACUAACUGGGUUGAACCCUAUGUACUGGACGAACACCGACGGAGUUAAGAAAGCAGUAAAGAGAGGAGAAAUUUCUUACAUUGACCCUCGUUAUUUGACAAGGAGCAAAGAGGAAAAGGCACUAGCUCGAUUGAUUGAAAGAUGUUUCAAGUACGAUCCAGAUGAUAGACCUACAAUAUUUGAGGUGGUUUCAUAUCUGAGGAAUGCUGUAUCUGAAAGUUUAAGCGAAGAGGAGUCAAGAAUUGACAUUCUACAAGCGCUUGCCGAUAAAGAGUAG